CCAGAAACGUCACUCACAAGAAAACGUCAAAUAACGUGAAUAUUUUUCAUCCUGACUCUGACUAAUUGUCUUACCUUUGUUUUCUUAUAUAUGAUCCAUUAAUUAGGUUCUAUGAUGCUCAAAUUGCGAUGAUCUCAGUGGUUUAGUUAACUAGUGCUCAAGAGUAGUGACUCACAGAAUGUCGGACGACACGAACGAUGUAUCUAAAGUGGAGAGCAGCGGCGGGGCGGAGGAGGCCCGGCGCGGCUUGGAGGAAGAGUUUAAUGUCCAGCGCGCCCGAAUGAAAGACCUUUUCUUGCAGAAGGAAGAGGAGCUCCGGGCUCAGCAACAGGAACGUGAGCAGCUGCAGUCGGAGGUGCUCGGGCUCCGCGAGGAGCUGGCCCAGCUGCAGACGUUGGCAGAGAACCAGAAGUCACAUAUCCUCAACCUGGACUUGAUUGUCAAUGAGACGGUGUCGGCGUCUUCGGCGGUGACCGAGGAGGCGCGGCAGCUGCGCGUGCGCUGCGCCGAGCUGGAGCACCAGCUGCGGUUGCAGCAGCAACACCAGCAGCAACAGGACGUGAGCAUCGCGCCCGCCACGCUGGUGCGCUCGCUGGCGCGCCGGCUCGUCGACCAGGAGGACCCGCCUAAGAAGCCCACGGAAGAUGGCGACCUGCAGCGCUGUGAGGUGGAAAUCAGUCAGCUCAAGAACAAGCUACGUGAGACAGACGCACAACUACAGGAAGCACUUAGGUGUAGAUCAAAUCACCCCGCGCCGGCGCACGCGAGUGGAGACACGAGGACAGACCCCGAUGGCGGACGCGCCUGCGACAUGUGCGCCAACUACGAGAAGCAGCUGGUCCACGAGCAGCGCGAGGCGGCCACUGCUAAAGACCGCGCCGCCAUGCUGGAACACGCCCUAAAGUUGGCAACCGAAGAGCUCGAAGGCGCCCGCUCCAUCCACGACGAGACCAUCCGCUCGUGGCACACCGAGCGGGCCGCCAGCGCAGCCCUACUAGAGGAGCUGAAGAAGGCCGUGGAGGCCGCGAGGACCGCGCUGGAGGCGCGCGCCGCCGCGGCCAAGCAGGCCUCCGAGAGGGCCCUAGAACAAGUCACUAAUCUCACUGUGGAGAGAGAAGAGUUGCAGAGGAAACUGGACAGCCUGGAGCGCGACAACGCCAUGCUGGUGGGCCGCUUCACGAAGCAGGCCGAGGAGAUGCAGAACGAGUUCAUCGACCUGCCCGACAGCGUCGACGACUUGCAACUGUACAGCCUCGAGCUGCGCGAGAAGCUGAUCUGCGUGCAGAUCGGGCGCGAGGAGGCGCUGGCGGCCGAGCGGGACCUACGGGCACAGCUGCUGGAGCAGAGCCAGCAGUUCCACCGGCAGGAGGCCGAGCUGCUGGAGACCAGGAGCGCCCUGCGGUACACCAGAGAGGAGUUGGACCGGCUGGCGACGGAGCGCGAGCAGCUGCAGGAGCUAGGGGGGAAACUGCGGACGUCCACCGACCAGGUCGCGGCGUUGCUAGAUGAUAAGAAACGCCUGCUAGACGAGCGCACCGAACUGAAGGGGCGAGUAGCGGCCCUCCAACAAGAGUUGGACAACAGCGAGAAAGUGCAACAGGACUUCGUGCGCCUCUCACAGUCGCUACAGGUGCAAUUGCAACGCAUCCGCGAAGCGGACACGGAAGUGCGGUGGCAGCACGACGAGGACGUGUCCGAGUGCCCCACGUGCCACGUGCCGCUGCCGAAUAGCAAGAAAAAGGUGCACUGCCGGCACUGCGGGCGCAUCUACUGCGCGUCGUGCGCCGCGCACUCGGUGCCCUCGGGCCCGCGGCGCGCGCCGGCGCGCGUGUGCGCCGUGUGCCGCACGCUGCUGCAGCCCGACACCGCGCCCUACUUCAGCACCGCGCCGCCGCACUCGCCCGACUAA